ACAUGGAGCAAAGACUUAGAAACUCCACACUCUUACGUACAGGCCGCGACAAAGAAGAGGCCCCCGCGCAAAAUACCAUUCGUCUGGAAGAAAAUCAAAGGGCCAAUGGUUUUCCAGGUAUUAUAGGCGAAGGGUGUUCCAUACACGCGAUCGAUUCAUCCAUCCAAAUCCCUUCUCUCUUUUCUCGGUUCGCUUGGAAGAAGGAUAAAGGGCUUAUUGACUUUGAUGGCGUCCGUACGAGGGGGAUAUUCCGUGUCGCCCGCGUACGGAGGGGCUGGGCGGGCGGUAAAAGGUAAAAGCCUGUGGUGAAAGAGUUAAUUUACCCGUCGGAUUUUUUAAUGCCUUGUCUUUGGGGUCUCGAUUGAGGAGGGGGGCCGCGGCGAGCAGAAGGCGCUGGCUAUGGCGGCUUGAUUCUCUUCGACGGCGAUCGGGCUCUCCUGCGACAGCGUCUUCAUUCGCGCAUCCGGUUUGCCGCGGCUUUGAUCGUCCCUCUCUGGCAGGGUUGUUCUUCAUUCUUGUGAUUUCUUCUCCAUUCUUGCGAUUUCCUAGCGAUUGCUCUUGCUUCUGAUGCAUUCUCCCUCCCGGCAGCCGAAAUUUCCUCCGGUCGUGUCACUCCCAAUUUCCUCCCCCUCUCCCUGUGCUGCUGGCUCUUGCUGCCCGUCACGAUUCCGAGCCAAACCCCAUCCAGGAUGCCCGGCCUCCUCUUCCAGGGGCCGCGGAGGAUCGAGAUCGAUCCUCCUACGCUCUCUGAUCUGCUCCAUUCGCGCUCCAUCGACAAGGAUUUGAGCCUAGAGCCUCCGCUUUCCCCUCUCACCCCCGGGGGCAAGCACAAGGCGUGUCGGCCGUCUCUCUCGCAGGCUUCUUGGAUCCACAGCUUCAAGGAGCUCGAGAAUGGCGAUCAAUCCAAGACCAAUAUUUCGUCGUCGCGCUCGUCCGGGGGAGCCGGGGGCCAAUGCGUUGCCGCCAGCAACGGCGAAGGCGAUCACGACCUCGCGGCGAUGGUUCACGAGUUCAUCGAGGACGGUAGCCGCGACCGCGACGAGGGCGACGGCGAUGGCGCCGAUGGCGCGCCACCGGGAAGCCUGUGCGACAGCUUGAAGGUGUUGGGAUCGAGCAAGUCGGGCGUGGAGGUCGAAUUGGUGGCCAAGGUCUCGGCCGUGCUGCUGGCGAUGUCCGAGGAGGGCAUGGUUUGCUACGGCGAUCCAGGCAGCGAUUGCAAAGGCGCUUGCGUUCGUCAGCUGGUGGCCAAGCACCUCAAGUCGCAAGGCUACGACGCAGCCAUUUGCAAAUUGCGGUGGCCGAUUUCGGGCAACGUGCCAGGAGGUGACUACGAAUACGUUGACGUUGUAUUCGACAGCGGGGGCCAGGCCGAAGAUCGCCGCCUGAUCCUCGACCUGGAUUUCCAGUCCCAGUUUGAGAUCGCCCGGCCGACCCCGAGCUACCGCGCAGCGCUCAAGCUCCUCCCGGUGGUGUUCGUGGGCAGCGUCAAGAAGCUCCACCGGGUGCUGGAGAUCAUGUCCGAGGCAGCCAAGCAAUCGCUGACGCAGAACUCGAUGCAUCUGCCGCCGUGGCGGACGAUCGAGUACAUGUUCGCGAAGUGGCUGUCGUCGCCGCACGAGAGGAUCCGCGGCAGCAGCAAGGUGGUUCCGCUCGCCACCCCGGGUCCGAGCUUCAAGCCCGCGGCGGCGCCGAGCGCAGCCCCUCGCCAGGCAUGGAGGUUUUGUUGUACAGAGAAUAGCAGCAGCAAAGGUAGCAGCAAAGGUGGGUGCUGUGAUCAACUUAGGCGGAUCAAGGAGGGCCUCCGAGCAGCAGCAGCAGCAGCAGCGGCAGUGGAAGUCGACGAGGCUCUUCCACCGCGUCGAAGAUCAUCCAACCAUCGAGAUCGUGAGGUUCGUGUACAUGGUUACCGGCGUAGCGCUAGCACAGCACCGGGGUUUCACAAUUGGUAGCAAGGAGCGAAGAAGGGGGGAAUUGGAGCUCAACUUAACACCCCCCGAUCAGAGAUUGUUCCGUCCCGGCCCAAGAACAAAGAGGAGAAGAUCUCAUCUCCCUCCCGGAAGUUUAGCGUUCCUCGUUUUUCAUCCAUACUUUUAGCCUAUAGCUAUAGGGAGACUGCAAACGGAGGCUCUGGUUACCUUACGUAGCUAGCUACCAGUUUUGUUUUACGCUCAUACCAGAUCAACAAAUUUGUGGUUUGUUUGGUAA